AGGAGGCGGCUGGCUCCCCGCGCCAACUCCGCGGCGGCCAUGCUGCCGCCAGGGCGCCCGCGCGGCGCCUCCUCGGCGGCCAUGUCGGGGCCGCCGACGCUGCCGGCGUUCGACACCGCGCGCCUCACGGAGCUGGGCCGCCAGAGGCAGGCCAUGUCCCUCACGGACAGGACCCACUACCGCAGCCGUGGAUCUCCCCUGGAUUCCACGCUGGGGGCUCGCGGCGGUCCAGAGCACACGAGGCGGCCCACGGCGGUCGAGGCAAUGAGCCUGCAGGCGGGCGAGGAGGACGCCUCGAGGCGGCGUCUGCGGCGAACCCCGAGGGUCUUCCAGAGCAACAAGGACGGCUUCUCGCACCAAUGGCGCAGAGAGCUGCGUGCCAACCUGCUUCCUUCGAUCCUGUACGCGCCUCUCGAGACCGCCGAAGGCGGGGCGCAGAGGGCGGCCGCCGCAGCGGGGGUUGAGGGCCAGCACUUCACAAAGUACCAGGCUCAGCUGGCUGAGCGCGAGGUCGAGGAGGCUAAGACGGCAGUGUUCAUGCAGAGGGGUGGUGCGUUCCCACCCUCGGAUUCCGACCCGCAGUACGCUGCGGCGGCGAGCUGCACGGUGUUCAGGGACCUGGUGACAGGCGGCCGCGAGAACGACUGGCUGGAGAAGUUCCGCCGCCCCCAAGAGGGCCUCGUGAACAACACGAGCGGGGUGUGCUUCAGCCACGAGGAUCAGGCCCUUGAUCUCGCGGAGCUGGGCAGCAUCCUCACCCUCGACUUGGAGCGGCGGUCGAGCGAUUCCCGGACGUGCGGCAGCCACGUGCCCUUCCUGAGCAUCCAGGUCGCCUCGCGGGUGCCGCUGCUCGUGAGGGACCCGGUCAGCCCAGAGAAAGAGGUCUUCCAGAGCGAGCCCAUGCAGAAGAACGACCUCCACAUGCUGCGCAUCGACCUGCGGCCUGGGGAGGUGAGGCAGGUGGCGUACGAUCUCAACGACGCGGACUUCAAGGCCAGCAAGCUCGCCGGGCGCAUGGCUGGUCUCAUGGACCCGGAGCGGGGGGCGCUAGCGCGGGUGGCGAGAAUCCUGGACGGCAAGGAGACAGAGACCCAGCGGACGAUGUGGGCCCUGAACGACGUGCUGCGGGGCCUCGUCUCCCAGACGGAAGCGGAUGCCGGGACCGCGGAGGUGCUUGGGCGCAUGGAGGACUUGGUGGAUGGCGAGACGCGGCAGUCGCGGACGUGGGAGGCGACGGUGGACGACACCAGGCGGUCACUGGGCCGCUUCGUGGAGACCAUGGAGCAGCUCGCCCAGCUCUCGCAGGGCCUCGUGCCGUCAAUGUCGCACGUCUUCGACCGCGUCGCGCUCGUCUGCGUGCGGCAGGCCGAGCGCCUCGUGGUGCAGGGCCGCCGCGAGGUGGAGCGGCUGCACCGGUUGUGGGAGGAGGCCGAGAAGCAGCGGCAGCUGCUGGCCCACAUCGCGUCGCGGCACGCCGGGACGGGCGGCCAGGCUGGAGGAGCCGAGCAGCGCGCCGUCCUGCUGAAGGCCACGCUGGCGCGCCAGGAGGAGGAGUACUCGCAGCUGCUGCGGGAGAACGAGCAGCACCAGGCCGCCCUCAGCGAGAGCGCCGCCACCGCCAAGGCCCAGCAGGACCGGAUGAAGGAGAUGAAGGCGACGAUCGCCAAGCUGCAGCUGGACAACAAGGCCCUGCGGGAGGCCCUCGCCAAGCAGCAGAGCGGGGACCUUGCGGCGGCCGCCGGCGCGGGCGCCGCGGCGGGAGCGCCGGAGCCGCCGCUCGUCGUCGUGGACGCCGCGGCGGCCCCGGCGGCAUCGAAGCCCAGCUCGAAGGAGGCGGCGGAGGGUCCGCCGGACGCAUCGGGGCCCGUGUCCAAGAGCGCCACUUUGCCGCCGGCCAGAUCGAGGGGCGACCAGCCGAUGCGCGGCUCGAAGAGCGUCGGCUCGAAGAGCGUCGGCUCGAAGGCCGAAGCCACUGGCUCGAAGGGCGGCGCGGCCGCCGAGCGCUCGGGCGAGAGGGUGGGUCUGUCUUUCUCCGUUGGGCGGGCUGCGCAGACUGACAACGAUUUCUUCUUCCAGGAGUCUGCUCCGCUGCCAGACGAGAUGUCAAGGUUCACGUACGACGACCUCGUGGCCAACUGCGGCCGCCUGUUCCGGGCGCUGGGCAGCUACGAGUGGAAUUCUGUCACCAACACGUACCUGCUGACGGCGGCAGACCCUACCAGGUGGGCUGACGAGUUCGCCGUGGAGGCCCAGCUCAAAGCCCUUCAGGCGCAGAGCAAGCUCCCCCCCGAGGCCCUGCGCCAUGUGUCCAGCGUGUCGAAGCUGGGCGGCCUCGCAAGCCAGAAGGUGAAGGUGGAGCGCCUGUGGCAGAAGGCCUGCGUGGUCCAGUUGGAGGACGAGAUCGCCAUGUUGCAGAAGGCGGGACGGCAGGGCUUUGACGCGUGGGUCGUGGGCCUCCUCCGCGAGCAGGGCAGCCAGCACGCUGGACGCCUGGCAGACGGCCUCGACCCCGGGGGGCUCUGGACGGCCGUGACGGAGAUGGUGGAGACGGUCGGCCUGCGGGAGCGGAUCCGGCAGCUGGAGCAGGACUUGAACGGGAUCAUGCCCGUGCAGGACAGGGACUCCAGCGUCACUGGCGCGAGCGACGGCCUCUUCUGGAGGCGCGUCAUCCGCGCGGCGCAGGAGCAGAGUGCGCCACACAAGGCGAAGGGCCGUCGCGUCAACAAGGGCACGGUGGCGGCGCCUGCAAAGGGGAAGCCCGAUGGCGCGGCCGAGGAGGUGAUGGAUUUGGAUACGCUGCAGUCAGAGCUCCAGAGUAUCUGGGAGUCGCUGUCCACUUUCGAGGAUGCGGCGCCCGUGAGGUUCGUCAAGACGUCGUCCGAUCAGCUGUUCCAGGGCUGCAUCAAGCGCUUCUACCUCUUGAAGUGGGGGCGCUCGAAGCACGUCGAAUCUUCUGCGGUGCGGCUGUGCCGCUCGGUGCUUGAGCACAUGCCCGAGAACUACGAGGUGGCGCUAUUCGCGGCCCUUGCGGGCAUCAAGCCGGCGGCCUCGAUGGGGGAUGCUGUGCCCCAGCAGCGGAAUAUCGUCCGGUGGCUGUCGAGCUUCAGCCUCGACACACGUGCGCUGAACGACCUGCCUCUGGACGCGGCCUUCUGCCUCGCCGCCGUGGCGCGGGAGCUGGGCAUGGUCCGGCGCGAGCAGAGCGACGCAGCGGGCGGCGCGGGAGUGUCGAUGCACUCGGCCGUCGUCGCGGCCCUCAGCACGAUCGCCGCGCGUUGCAAGGCGACCUCCAGGUUCUUCUGGGCCUCGUUCUUCGCACUGAUCGAGUUCCCCGGCGACGGGACCUCAACGGCCGCGGAGGGCGCCGGCGAGGAGCCCGAGGGCAGCGGCCUGGGCCUCGAGGGCGGCGGGGAGGCCUCGGGGCGGGAGGUACUCUACGUGUCCUACCUCCUGGCUGCGUACGUGCGCGAGCAGGCGGGCGGCGCCGGCGAGCCCGAGGCCGAGGACGAGGAAGACAUCAUCGGCCAGCUCUGGGCUCGCGUGCUGGAGGACGCCCCACAGGCCGCGCCCACGGAGGGCCUGGUGCGCGCGUCGCUGAACGUGACGACCGGGCUCUCGAGCCUGGAGGCCUCCCUGGCCGCAGAGCUGGUCGUGAGGCACGCGGACCUGCAGGUGCAGCCGGAGCUCGUCGCCAGCGCCCUGUCCGCUGUGGCGCUCGGAGGCGGCGCCCCCAGCGGCCCGGGCUCCAUGCGGGCGGGGGUGCAGGUCACCGGUGCGAACCUGGAGCGCCUGGCCGGGGCGUGGCGUAAGGGCGGGGUCUUGCGCUGCCCAGAGGGCGUGCUGAUGUGGGCCGCGGCGUGGUCGCUCGCCCAGGAGCGGGCGCACGAGAUGGAGCUGAUGGGAGAGCUCUUCCAGCUCUACGACUCCUCCGGCGACGGCUGGCUGCAGUUCGCCGAGUUCUCCGCGCUCAUCGCCGCCAUGACGCCGCAGGUCUCGCAGGCGGACAGCGAGGAGCUCUUCCUGGCAGGCGCUGAGGCCUUCACCGGGGACAUGACCAAGGAGGUCUUCCUCAAGCUGGCCUCACGCAUGGGCAUCUCCGCCGACGUCGACCUGCUGGAGCACCUCGUGGACUCCCAGCGCGCCGCGCUGGGGCCCGCGGCCUGACGGCGCGCGGGCCUGGGCGGUCCUGCGCGGUGGGCCCCGCACUCUUGCCGCCGUCUCACAGCAGCGCAGCUGGCCGACCGAGGGCUACAGCCGAUCGCUUUUCACCACUCUGCUUCUGCUCCUCCUCCUCCUCCUCCUCCUCCUCCUCCUACUCCUCCUCCUCCUCCU